UCAUGUUGCAGGUAGCUUACCAUGGGUUGUUCAAUGUGGAAGCAGGUCAGCGGUUGGGCUGAAUUUACUGCUGAAGGUAGCUGAGUGUUUGUGUCUUGCUAACCCGUGGGGAUGUGUUUAAGGCUUUCUAUUUCCUCCGACGUCCUUCCAGCUAUCUAGCAGCAGCACGGCCCAUGUUGGCUAGCUGUCAGCGGGGAGCAUUUAUUCAGCUAGCUAGUGAGGACUGGACCCAGCUUGGAGCAUCCUGCUAGCCUAGCAGCUAAGUUAGCAGCAGAGCCUGGACGAAAGAAGUUGCAGACCAGAGUCACCAACCAUGGCAGGUGGAAUUACAGACACCGGGGAACCCUACUCUGCCUUUGUGGGGCUGGUGUAUAUGUUCAACCUGAUUGUGGGAACAGGAGCUCUGACGAUGCCCAAAGCCUUCGCUACAGCUGGCUGGGUGGUCAGCUUAGCGCUCAUCUCCUUUUUAGGAUUUAUGAGCUACAUGACCACCACUUUUGUGAUCGAGGCGAUGGCAGCGGCCAACGCUCAACUGCGCUGGAAGAGGAGAGAGCAGGAGGAGGUUAUUGACAGCGACUCCAGUUCUGAGUAUUCAGAUGACGACAUCAUGGGCAGAGGUCGAUCGGAGCCCGAGACAAAGCCCAUCUUGUCUGUCCAAAGAUCAGGUGCUGGUGAUCAUUUCGACAUCUUGGAGCGAGUUGAGAUGGGUCAAAUGGCCUCCAUGUUCUUCAACAAAGUUGGCGUCAAUAUGUUCUACAUCUGCAUCAUAGUCUAUCUGUACGGAGACCUGGCCAUCUACGCAGCAGCUGUGCCUAUAUCACUAAUGGAAGUUGCCUGUGGAAACCACUCCUGCAGUGCUGGAAGUGUGAAGUACAACGAUACAGACCCAUGCUGGGGCCCGGUGACAAGGAAAGAUGCGUACAGAGUGUUUCUGAGCGUGUUCACUCUUCUGUUGGGGCCUUUCACCUUCUUCAACGCCCAGAAGACAAAAUAUCUUCAGAUUCUCACUUCACUCAUGCGCUGGAUUGCAUUCACUAUGAUGAUUAUCUUGGCUCUAAUCCGCAUCAGUAAAGGCACUAGUGAGAUCCACCCACCAGUCGCCUCCCUCUCUGGGGUCCCCAACCUGUUCGGGGUGUGCGUCUACUCCUUCAUGUGCCAACACUCCCUGCCCUCCCUGGUGACACCCAUCUCUGACAAGAAGCGAGUCGGCACGCUGGUGUUGGCAGACUACGUCCUGAUCCUGGGCUUCUACGUCCUCCUCUCGUUCACCGCCAUCUUCUGCUUCGACAGCUCACUGCUCCAUGACAUGUACACCCUGAACUUCACAGACAACUGCAGCGUGUUAGAUAUUCCAGUACUGCGCUACUUCCUGGGUUUGUUUCCCGUUUUUACCAUCAGCACCAACUUCCCCAUCAUCGCCGUCACGCUUCGCAACAACUGGAAGACCCUGUUCCACCGGGAUGGGGGCACGUACCCAUGGGUGGUGGACCGAGUCGUGUUUCCCCUCAUCACUCUGGUGCCACCAGUCGUGGUGGCCUUCUGCACCCACAACUUGGAGUCCCUGGUGGGCAUUACAGGGUCCUAUGCUGGCACAGGAAUCCAGUACAUUGUCCCAGCCUUCCUUGUGUUGUACGCCAGACGCCAUCUGGAGCCCGUGAUGGGCAGAGAUGCCGUCAACAAGCACCAGUCUCCUUUCCGCCACACCUUCUGGGUGUGGUUUGUUUUGUUGUGGGCCACCUUCUGCCUCAUGUUUGUCACAGCCAACAUCAUCCUGACUGACACUAAGAAAUGAGAACUGUUGUGAAAAUCUCCAUCUGUACGGCCAGUUUCUUCGUUCCUGUACACGAAGCCUUACCUGCUGCUGGUUGGACAGUGUGCCUUUUUAUGGAACUUCUGUUGCAUAAUUUAAAUGUAAUUUAGAGUAAUUUAUCAAAUUUGUUAAAAGGGACCAAAUGUCAGAUUUUAUCAUGAAAGCUGGAAUGGUGCAUGACAGUACUGAAAGGGAAUUUAUUAAAAGGAUUUUUAUGUCAACAAACGCCUGACAGUCUGAGGUUUUCACGAGGUUUUGCACAUUUUUAAAAUAUAUCCAAUGGAUUCAGUGUGCUUAACAUGAACGAGUUCAUCCACAGCUUCGUCUGAACCCGUCCAAAGGCCUGCUGUCAUAGAGGGAGGACGUGGUGGUGGUGAUUUAUACAAAUAUGGUUAAUGCUGGUCCAUAAUCAAAAGCGUUUGUGGUGUUAUAAUUCUUCACACAGGAGGUGGUAGAGGUGGUUGAGUAGAGAAGAGAAAAAUCCUGCCUCCCUCUCACAUGUCUGAUUUCGGUGUGGUUGCUGGAUUACUGGUUUGGGGUAAUCGAAUUCCAACUCUGGAAAGCUUUGGUCCAACAAACACUUUGUUUAAACCUUACUUAUGACUCAAGAGUUCCGUGUGUUGUCCGUUUUGUGGUUACUUUAGUAUGUCUCAUUCAAACUCCAAGCUAUAGACAAGGCACAGUGUUAAGACGCUGAGGGUUCCACUGGACCUUCCUAGUAGAAUGUUCCUUUAAACCUAUAUUAAAUCCAUUGAAAGAGGACAGCGGUGACAAGAAAAAGAGCCUGUCAAAUCCAGACUCGUGUUCUGUUGCGAAACUGCUGCACGACUUAAUAAUGAAACCAGAACAGAAACCAACACAAGAAGAGAAACGAAUGAACAAGGGACGAUCAUUCUUUCAUGGCUGACAUGUAUCCAUUCCUCAGUGGCAUCUGCCUCCGAUCUCCUCGUCCUCUUGUGAACAAUGAAGCUCCAUCCGUGUCAGAUCCUCUGACAGAUAGGCCUCCAGGAAGAGCUCGAUCUCUGUUUAUCACCAGACACUGGCGUCUGUAGUUCAAGCACAGGGCAUGUCUCCGUCUUCUGCUGCUCAGCACCCAUUCAUGACUCUGUCAGCCUUGUACUGUAUCCAUCACACAGCCCAACACCUGACAGGAUAAUAGUGAUCUACAGUGCUUCAACUCUGGCUAUGGGAAAGGCGUCAGUGGCCAAAAGUGGAGGCAGCCAGCUACACAACUUCACACGCUGCUGUACAGUAGUCUAGUGAUGCUGACUUCACUGACACUUGGCAGCCUCCCUGACUUCAUUACUGCCCUCAUACUUCCAUCUUUGACCUGUUUCAUGGUUCUGUCUUUGUGAUUUUCAUAAUUCAUUUGCAGCAUAGAAACACCUCAACACUCUCAAUGAACAACAAAUUAUAUCGAUUAGUGGAAUUUAGUAAUGCUAAACGGAGGUGAGUGAAAUCCUGUUUGCGUGAUUCACAGACUAUGUCUUAGUUCUGCUGCACACUGUUUGUAAUCUGUCAUUUGUAUUAAUUAUGAACAGCAUCACUUUCUUGUAAGGAAUGGUUGCUGAAAUUUCUAAAUGUCAUGCUGUGAUUAUUUGUGAGCACAACAAAUUUAACUCGAUCAAUCUGAUGAUUUUCAGAGGAAGAUUUCUUUGAAUUUGGACAAACAGAACAAAAGGUGGGUGAUGUACUUUUAUCAGUUGACUGAUAGCUGGUAUGCAAAGUGAUGACCAAGUUCAGAGUCUGCACCUUUAAAAGUUAAAAAUGCUACAUGAUUUAAAUUUGGCUGCCAUGUCCUUUGAACUAGUCUCCCUCUGCUCCAUGUGCUCCUGCCACAUCUUAAACACUCCCAGGACAUCCUGUUCUUGAAGUCCAUCAUGUGUGUUCAAUCUCCUCAACUGUAUUAAAAACAGCAAUCUGUCAGCUUGCUUUUUAAUUUUGGAAAGAGGAAGCAGUCACAGAGAUCCAAAUCUGCCAAGUAGGAUGGAUGGAGAACAAUGAUUGUGACCAAAAAACAUCUUUUCCGUGUGCUGUGAGCAGGUCCAUUGUUACUAAUAGAACACCCAACUGACAUCCUGUCAUGGUUUAGGUUUGUGAAUUCUCCAGUUUUAGAGAAUUCACUGUCAAGAUAUGCUGCUUGUUGUCUUGAUCGUAGCCAUAGAAACAAAGUCCAUUACCAGAGAACCUAAAGUGAUGUAAAGACAGGCUCAUGCUGUUGUUAGAGAACCUCACUGACUUUGAAAGUCAGUAAGAGAUUACAAAACACGGCAUGCAGAAUCUGAUUGAUGGCACAAUAUCACAAGUGCAUCAAAGUAGUGAAUUAGUAGAAGAAAAUACUACUGUUUACCAGACUUACUGGUGAAACUACGCAACAUGAGCUGAAUGAAUACAGAUUUUAAAUGGUAGGUGUCUUUAUUGUAUGACAAAAAGAUACAGAAAAUGACGGACUUAGUGGAUGUUUUUGUAGCCUCCACCUCAGCUGUAAUUCUCUUCCAUGCAAACAGCAGAAGUUUCCAGACUUUCAGUUGUAAGUACGGUUGAAGCUUCAAAAACAUUUUAAUCUAUAUAUACAUAGUAAAAUGUAGUUCCCUUUACCUUUGGUCAGAUGCGUCCAUAUUAUGAUUAAAGCCCAGCUCUGCUUUGAUGAUAUUUUAUUCUGGGAUUAUGUCCUAUAAAUGUCUUAGCUGAAGCUGUUAGUGUGAGUGAGAUCUUCAGAAUACACUCAAACGUAUAAAACCAAGUGUGAAGUAUAUUUAAAUGCCACUACAGUUGUGGUCAAUUAAAAUGCAAACUCAGUAUUAGGGUGAGCAGUAGUUCAGUGGGUUGAAGAGCAGUUCGAAAGGCUGAGCAGCUUUUUCAUCAACUGCUAUAAUGCAGUUUAAAUUGAAAGGUAAUGUGCUGUGACUCCAGUGUUUUUUAAGGCACUGCUAUUGUGGGAUUUACUCAUGCAGCGCAGCGUUGCUGUAGCACUGGUGAAGGUUACAUAGGCGAAUUUGCUCGCGGUAAUUUUGGGAUGUAGCGUCAACAAACCACCUCUGUCUUCACCAAACUGCAGUGAGAAUUGGUUUUUACCUGGAAACAAACAUGGACGCACAGAAGGUUCAUUUUUAAAUUUCGUUUCUAUGUUUGUGUUUCCACUUUUGUGAGGUUCAGCUUUCUUCCUCCCAUAUUUACCUGAAGUGGUGCAGUCAAAUACAAACACUUGAACGUUGGGUAGAUAUUUAUUUUGCUGUCUGGAGACUAAAAUCACUUGUGAGUGAUUCGGUGUUGAAUAUGUUAAAUGUUCUGAUGACUCUUGUUGGGAGUUGUGAAAUGUGCCUUUCUUACAGGGUCUUUCUUGCCCUUUACUUAUCAAAUCAGCUGUUUUCCUCAUCUUUUGAGAAGCAGCUUUCCAGACAUCAUCUGCAUGUAAUCCAUUUUGUUGAUCUGACAAUCUGUCGCCAAAAUACUUUUUAAUCCUUGCUCGUCUUUUGUUGUGCUUUCAUUUUGUUCAGUUUUCUUACAGGAGUGUUCCCCACUGUAUUUCUGAGAAUGUUUUUUUUUUUUUUUUUUUUUUUGCUAACUUCUGCUGUGUCUCUGGUAUUUGUUUACAGUAAGUUGGCCAGCAUGUGAUUUUUCUAAAAUGAAUGUUUACUGCUUUAAUGUAUGUUUUGUUGGAUUUUAAUGAGUCACAUGGAAAAUAAAAGCUUUAUGUUCAACUGAAAAUUGUGAAUCGUGAAGGGAAAUUCUGUUCUCUUACAACCUGGGCUUUUUGUUGUUUUUGCCUUUAGGCCAGUCGUUUAUAACAGUUACUCACUAGAGUCCUACACACUGAAGCUUCAGACAUUUAACAAAACAAACUUUAGCUUCCAUUAUAUAGCAUUAUAUCAUUCAUUAAAGAGCUAUGCCUAAUGACCACAUAAAAAGGUGAUUGGACACAGCUGUUUUCUACUUGAAUGUACAAUAAAGACAUGUUAUUACUCCUA